CCCUGGCUUCAUCGCUCUGGGUAUGAAAAGGACUUGGCUGGCAGCGAGGACGCUCACUUGCUGUUGGUCCUCGGCCCCGGCGAACACACUGAUCUGCUCUGCUGCCGCAACCCGAGGGGGAAAGAGAAGCAGAAAACCAGCAUGUCGGAUCAGUCGGCGUUUGACACGGACGUAUGGACCCUGACCCGGUUUGUCAUUGAGACCGGACGCCAGGCUAAGGGGGCGACCGGCGAGCUGACCCAGCUCAUCAACGCCAUGCUCACUGCCAUCAAAGCCAUCUCCUCCGCUGUGCGCAAGGCAGGCCUGGCCCACCUGCAGGGCUUGGCGGGCUCGGUGAACGUGACGGGGGAUGACGUGAAGAAGCUGGACGUGCUGUCUAACGACCUGGUCAUCAACAUGCUGCAGGCCUCCUACAGCACCUGCUGCAUGGUCUCUGAGGAGAACAAGGAGCUCAUCAUCACUCCCAAGGAUAAGAGGGGGAAGUACGUGGUCUGUUUUGACCCUCUGGACGGCUCCAGUAACAUCGACUGCUUGGCUUCUAUCGGCACCAUAUUUGCCAUUUACAAACGGAUAACGGAGGGGGAGCCCACAGACAAAGACGCCCUGCAGCAGGGCAACAACAUUGUGUGUGCCGGCUACGCCCUGUACGGCAGUGCCACCCUGGUGGCCCUCAGCACCGGCGCUGGCCUCAACUUCUUCAUGCUGGACCCUGCCAUCGGUGAGUUCAUCCUGACCGAGAGGAAUGUGAAGAUCAAGCAGAAGGGAAAGAUCUACAGUCUGAACGAGGGCUACGCCAAAUACUUCCACCCCUCCAUCAACGAGUACCUGAAGCACAAGAAGUACCCGGAGGAUGGCAGCUCCCCCUACGGAGCCCGAUAUGUGGGCUCCAUGGUCUCAGACAUUCACCGCACCAUCGCCUACGGAGGCAUCUUCAUGUACCCGGCCAAUGAGAAGAGCCCCAAGGGAAAGCUGCGGCUGCUGUACGAGUGCAACCCCAUCGCCUUCCUCAUCGAGCAGGCGGGAGGCCUGGCCACCACCGGCACCCAGAGGAUACUGGACGUCCAGCCCGAGGCGCUCCACCAGCGGGUGCCCUUCGUGGUCGGCUCCCCCGACGACGUCAACGAGUACCUGUCCUUCGUCAAGAAGUUCCAGUGAAAGCUGCCAACAGCUCACGUUUGUACAGCGAGCACAAGAGGAUGGAAAGAUCACAACGUUUUAUUGUGAUCUGUGUUUAUCUGUUCUUUCACAUCAUUUUUUAAGAUGCUGAAAUUAAAAAGUGACUAAACAGAAAGGA